CUUCUCCCGAACAGCUGUCGCUGACUAAUAAUUUCGAUUGUGAAGAAAUUGGAAAUUUCAACUGCCUUUAAAUAGGAAAACAAGAUGCACGGACGCGUGAAGGUACGGACCACGGAGGAGGAGCGGGAGCGCAAGCGGAAGGAGCAGGCUCUGAAGGUGCGGGCCUACCGCGCCGCCAUGGGAAGAAUUCAAGCGAAGCGGGCGGCGGGCGAGCUGGACGACGAAAUGCUCAGUCUGACUGUGCAGAUCCUGCAGCGAAAUCCGGACGUUACCACGCUGUGGAACAUUCGCAGGGAGUGUGUGCUGGAGAAGCUCUCCAAGCUGUCCAAGGAGGCUGAGCCACAGCAGCCAGAACCAGCAGGGGAUCAAGAGCAGCCGGAGGAGAAGAACGAAAAGGAGGCGGCACCCCAGCCGGAAGAUAGAGCCCAAUCCGUGUUCAGAUGUGAACUGGACCUCACCGAGCAGUGCCUGAUGGUCAAUCCCAAGUCGUACAACGCCUGGCACCAUCGCUGCUGGACGCUGGAGCAGAAUCCCCUGGCGGACUGGCAGCGGGAGCUGCAUCUGUGCAACAAGUACCUCAAGUUCGAUGAGCGCAACUUCCACACCUGGGACUACAGGCGCUAUGUGACAGAAAAGGCCGGAGUGCCAGCUGCGCAGGAGCUGGACUUCUGCACUGAGAAGAUCAAGGUGAACUUCUCCAACUACUCCAGCUGGCAUCACCGGAGUCUGCUGCUGCCGGAACUCUAUCCCAACGAGCAGAGGGAUCGGCCCAUGAGCGAAGAGAAACUGAAGCAGGAGCUGGAAAUGGUCCUCACGGCCGCCUUUACGGAUCCCAAUGACAGCAGUGCCUGGUUCUAUCAGAGAUGGCUGCUGGGCAGUGGCGCCCAGUUGGAUAGGGCUCCCAAAGUAGCUGCUUUUCGGCUGCAGUCCAAGGGAGCCGUGCUUGCCUUGGAUAAACCCACUCCAGACCUGGGUGAGCUCAACAUCGAACUGGUGGCCGGUGAGCAAAAGGUGACGCUGUCACCCUGGCUGCCAGUGGACAGUGGCAGAACCACCUGGAAAUGCCAGUUACCCUUUGACUACCAAAAGAACUCAACAUACACCCUUAAGCUAACCGACCAGGAGUUGAAUCUCCUCCCUCUUCCGGGUACCGAGGAUGGAGCCUUCUACUUUGCGCCCCCGCAUGCCGCCGCCAGUUGCAGCCAGGAGCUACUCUCAGAGCUGAAAACGCAACUGCAAUCGUGCCUGGAUCUGCUGGAAUAUGAACCGGACAGCAAGUGGACCCUUCUAACCAGCGCCCUUCUAAUGCGAGCUAUUGACGUUUCAGCAAACCACGCGAAGAAUUUGGAGCACCUGGGCAAGCUGGAGAAGGUAGAUGCCCUGAGAGAAGGCUACUACAAGGACUUGGCUGCGAGAUGGACUUUGGAGCUGGAGUUGGCCAAGUGGCCUCAGGCUCCUGGAUUCCCCAGGAAGUUUGAAUUGGCUGAUGAGGUAUCGCUGGCAUCGCUGCCUUAUGGACAAUACUUGAUCAUUGCCGAUGAACUGAACAUGGCCACAAAACUCAGAGAGGAAUUGGGCAACCGAGUGCCCAAAACCUUUUCAGAACUGAAACUCUAAAAAAGUAAAGGUAAAGUUCCAAAAGGUAGAUAUGGUUUUUGAUUUUGAUAUAUAACCAAAGGCAGACCCCGUGGCAGGCUUUAUUUGCCAUUCGGUGCUUAAGAAAAGCCUCUUUGUACACGCUUUUUGUGCUGAACAGGAUUCAAGUACAUUGAAUUCAAAACACAUUCAAUUUAGAAAUAAUUUCUAUUUAUACAGACAUACGUUUAUAUAUUUUGUACAUAAUAUUAUUAAUCUUUAUAAAUAAAAAGAAGUGUAGAAGUCA